AUCGCGAGAAUAGUGGUCAUCUCGGGGAACGACAACAAUUCCUUUUAGGGGAAAAUGCUCAAGGCAGACGCAUUCUUCAACAAGAGAAUACGCUGUUCUUUUAAUAUUCUUCAUUUUCAAAUGACAAUUUGGAGGAUGUGUUCGUUUUUUGGCUUUGUAUGACUGACAGAAUACCCGAAUUUAAAAGGCUGUAAACUUGUUUUAGGAUAUGAACGGUAAAAAAUCCAUACUGGAUGUCUCAGUGCACGGGUGAUGGCAGCACGUUUACAGUCCUAUGAUAGCAACUCCAGUGAUACAGAGAACUGGGAAAGAAAAACCUCCAGACCUCGCAAACUCUGCAAGCACCCGAGCUCCCAGUCCCGCUCGUCUCGGCCGGAGGACCUUGGGCAGAUGAGCCUGCACGGGGCCAGCGGGGGCAGCGAUCUCUCCCGCGACCGCCGGCGCUCCAGCGACCGCUCCCGAGACUCCUCGCACGAGAGGGGAGAGAGCCAGCUCACGCCCUGCAUCAGGAACGUCACGUCGCCCACACGCCAGCAAUACAGUGAGCGGGAGGGGGCCCCGUCCUCCAGGCCCAGCAGCCCCCGGCCUCAGAGGCUGUCCCCCAGCGGCUCCAGCUGCAGCAGCAGCAGCAGCGGGGUGGCCAGCAGCCGCCACAGCAGCCUGUCGGGCUCCGAGGGCACCUUCAAGAGCCUGAGCCUGGGCCAGGGGGAGAUGGUGUUUGUCUACGAGAACGCCAAGGAGGUGGUGGGCACGCGCAGCAUCAGGACCUCGGAGAGGGUCACUCUGAUCGUGGACAACACGCGCUUUGUGGUGGACCCUUCUAUCUUCACGGCACAGCCUAACACGAUGCUGGGCAGAAUGUUUGGAUCGGGAAGGGAACACAACUUCACGCGGCCCAAUGAGAAGGGAGAGUACGAGGUGGCGGAGGGCAUCAGCUCCACGGUGUUCAGAGCCAUCCUGGAUUACUACAAAUCUGGGAUUAUCCGUUGCCCCGAUGGAAUCUCCAUCCCAGAGCUCCGGGAGGCAUGUGACUAUCUGUGCAUCUCCUUUGACUACAGCACCAUCAAGUGCAGAGACCUCAGUGCCCUGAUGCACGAGCUGUCGAACGACGGCGCACGGCGGCAGUUUGAGUUCUACCUGGAGGAGAUGGUGGUGCCCCUGAUGGUGGCCAGCGCCCAGAGCGGAGAGAGGGAGUGUCACGUGGUGGUGCUGACGGACGACGACGUGGUGGACUGGGACGAGGAGUACCCACCGCAGAUGGGAGAGGAGUACUCACAGAUCAUCUACAGUACGAAACUGUAUCGGUUCUUCAAGUACAUAGAGAACCGAGAUGUUGCCAAAUCCGUUUUGAAGGAGAGAGGACUGAAGAAAAUCAGAUUAGGCAUUGAAGGUUACCCCACGUAUAAGGAGAAGGUGAAGAAGCGCCCGGGGGGUCGCCCAGAGGUCAUCUACAACUACGUCCAGCGGCCCUUCAUCAGGAUGUCCUGGGAGAAGGAGGAGGGCAAGAGCCGCCACGUGGACUUCCAGUGUGUGAAGAGCAAGUCCAUCACCAACCUGGCGGCGGCAGCCGCAGACAUUCCCCAGGACCAGCUGGUGGUCAUGCACCCUGGACCCCAGGUGGACGAGCUGGACAUCCUCCCCAACCAGCCCCCAGGCGGCCAGCACUACAGCAACAACUACAACAACGAGCCUGACCCCGACGCCCCCUCGCCCGGUGUCUGACGGCACCUUCCUCCUCCCUCGUUUCACCUGGACCCCCCUCCCUCCCCUGCUCUAUGCUCCCUCCCUCCCUCCACCCUGG